UCCCGCCAUGGGGACAACUUGGGGCUCCUAAGAGUGGCUGCCUCUCAGCGGCGCGCGCUCCGGCCAAAGUCCCCGCGGGCGGGAUAUGGCUUAGGGCGCAAGAGGGGCCAGCCUCGAGGUAACGAGAAGGGGCGACACGUCGGCUAACUGAAGGCAAAAAGGCCACACGAUGAGUUUCCACAAGGAGGACGGAGUGAGCAGCCUGUGCCAGAAGGCUCUGCACAUCGUUACCGAGCUGUGCUUCGCGGGCCAGGUGGAAUGGGAGAAGUGCUCGGGCAUCUUCCCUCCGGACAGGGGCAGCCAGGGCGCAGGCAGCACAGAUAUUUCGGUCAGCUUGUUAGCAGUUGUUGUCAGCUUUUGUGGCCUGGCCUUGUUGGUUGUCUCCCUUUUUGUCUUCUGGAAGUUGUGCUGGCCUUGCUGGAAGAGCAAACCCGUGACUUCCAACAUCAGUCCUCUUCCGCAGAGCGCUUCAAGUGCUCCCACUGAAGUUUUUGAGACUGAAGAGAAAAAAGAGGUUAAAGAAAAUGGAAAGCCAGCACGAAAAGCUAUUGAGCCUGCAAUAAAAAUCAGCCACACUUCCCCUGAUAUCCCAGCAGAAGUCCAAACUGCUUUGAAAGAACAUUUGAUUAAACAUGCACGUGUGCAAAGACAAACUACUGAGCCUACAUCUUCAUCCCGCUUUACCCUCCAGUAUGAUUAUGAAAACGAACUUCUAGUUGUGAAAAUUAUCAAAGCCUUAGAUCUUCCUGCUAAAGACUUCACAGGAACUUCCGACCCUUACGUGAAGAUGUAUCUUCUCCCAGAUAGGAAAAAGAAAUUUCAGACCCGCGUGCACAGAAAGACUUUAAAUCCUCUAUUUGAUGAAACUUUUCAGUUUCCUGUGGCAUAUGAUCAACUAAGCAACCGAAAACUACAUUUCAGUGUAUAUGAUUUUGACAGGUUUUCUAGACAUGACAUGAUUGGCGAAGUGAUUCUUGAUAAUUUGUUUGAAGUCUCUGAUCUCUCCAGAGAAGCCACAGUAUGGAAAGAUAUUCAUUGUGCUACCACAGCUCCUUAUUACACAGAUCCUUACGUCAAAGUGUCUCUGAUGUGUGAGGGUCGAAGAUUAAAAAAGAGGAAAACAACUACAAAGAAAAAUACUCUAAACCCAGUGUACAAUGAGGCCAUUAUUUUCGACAUCCCUCCAGAGAAUGUGGAGCAGGUCAGCCUCUCCAUCGCAGUCAUGGAUUACGAUCGGGUAGGACACAAUGAGGUCAUAGGAGUGUGUAGAACAGGACUGGACGCUGAGGGUCUGGGGCGAGACCACUGGAAUGAAAUGCUGGCCUAUCACCGAAAACCCAUAACACAUUGGCACCCCUUGCUGGAGUUACCUGGCCGGGCAACCAGUUUUGAUAGUCAAGGAUCCUGUCCAUCUCCCAAACCACCUUCCACACCAUAAUGCCUCCAAAAUCCGACCGUUAUAGUAAGGACACAGGACCAUGUGCUCAUCAGAUAGAACAAAAAGAGAAGGUUUGAUUUCCUAAUUUAAAAUAUAUCCCAAUAAUGAACAAACUUGAUGUGCAAUUUUUCAGUUACUUUUCUGUAUGUUUAUUAAUUUUAGACACCUUGAUAUAUUUUACUUGAAAACCAAAUAGUCCUUCUUCCAUGAGGUAUUUUGUCCUUCGUGUCAUAUGCCUAUUAGCACAAAGAAUGUUUUAUUAAGUUUUAAUUCUUUGCAUAAGCAAAGAAAUACAUUUUAAAAAAAGA